UUCCGCAAGUUAAUACUGUUCAUCUCUCUCGGGUUUUGCUCGAUUACAUGAAGUGGUUGCUUUAAUACCUUUAGCAGCAGACAGACAUGCAGAUUACAGCGAGAGCGCCCUAGGAAAGAAGGAGUAAAAUAACUCAAUAUCUUUAGAAGACUGGCUGGCUGGGGGAGGUGAACGCGCUAUUCUUGUAUCCGUAAAAGCCUGCGUUAAAUAACGACAACGCAUAACACAUCAGAGGUGAGGCAAACAAACGGCUCUUGUCGGAGAGGUUGGGUGCGAAGACUGCAACUCGCGCACGAACAGAAGCAUCGCAUCGCAUUCAGAGAUGAAAGUGAAGCCAGGCUGCGACGCGGGCGUCCCGUGUACGACUGAAGACGAUUUGUUGAAAAGCACAGAAAUAUCGCCGGAGGACGUACUCGGGCUGCAGAAGAUCACAGACAAUUACCUCUGUGGUCCAGAUCAGAACAUACACAAGAUCGACUUCACCAGGUUCAAAAUCCGAGACAUGGAGACAGGCAUGGUUCUUUUUGAGAUCACCAAACCCCCUACAACAGAGAGUGGGGAGGACAGAACGGACUUUGACCAGAACGCAGGGCGCUUUGUGCGGUACCAGUUCACCCCCGCUUUCCUCCGACUACGCCAGGUUGGCGCCACGGUGGAGUUCACUGUAGGCGAUGUUCCCAUCAACAAUUUCCGAAUGAUCGAGAGGCACUAUUUCCGUGGGCAGCUGCUGAAGAGCUUCGACUUUGAGUUUGGUUUCUGCAUCCCGAGCAGUAAGAACACCUGUGAACACAUCUACGAGUUCCCGCCACUCUCUGAAGAAAUAAUGCGUGAAAUGAUCCUUCACCCCUACGAAACGCAAUCUGACAGCUUUUAUUUUGUGGACAACAAGCUCGUGAUGCACAAUAAGGCAGAUUAUUCUUACAAUGGUGGACCGUAGGAAGUCGUUUUCAAUUUUUUCAUUGACUUGCAACGGACCAGCAGAAGAACAUCUACUGAAAGUGGCAUCUAAGCAUCUAAUCUCACAUGUGAUGAUGCAUUUGGUUAAACAAAAAGCACCCCGAUCUCAGGAUUUCUGUGUGUGUGUGUGUGUGUGUGUGUGUGUGUGUGUGUGUGUGAGAUAGAGAGAAAGAAUGUCGCUCAGAACGGGCCAGUACUACAUUUUUCCUUGGAAUCGCAUAAAGUACACGAUAACUCUCUUUGAGAAUAUGAGUGUGCCUGUGCAUAUGUGCAUACAUUGCAUGCUCUGUUUUUUAUGUUUUUCAAAGCCCAAAGCCAAAUAAUUCUAAACAACUUUAUAUGUCCGUACAGUGAUUUUGCUCAAGGCUUCUAAAGCAUAAACAGAUAAUCAAGUUGAGGCAGUUGGAGAUACGGUGACCAAUGCAGUGUGUAAAGGAAGGGAUGCUGUCAGGAACUGUGUAUUCUGCCCUGACAUUGCACCCACUUCCUGCUGGCCUCUACGGAAGGGCCCGGUUUUGUUUUAUUUUUCUCACUUUCUUUUUUGAAUGCUCAUAAUUUGGUCUAUGAUGUAAAUCUAUGUUAUUUAUAUUAAUAUGGUCUUAUUUAUAUCAACAUACAUUGUCACACAUAUUUUUAAUAGCAUCUUUUGUCAAAUAAUAGUGAUAUAUAUAUAUAUCUGUGUCAAUUGUUUUAUGUGAUUUAACAAAAAAGAGAAAAAUAAAAAGUUCCAA